AUGGAGCAGAAACAGAGCGGCAAGAAUGAUGAGAUUUCUAAUUUGGGUGUAAGAACAAAGGCUAACAGAAGAGGGAUUAGUUUAGGGCCAGCAGAAAUCCUCUCUGCAGGGCGUAGAGGGAUGAGUUUGGGGCCUUCUGAGAUUUUCGGAGCAGCGAAAUCGAGCCAGGGUGGAGAGUUGCAGUUUGAGCCUGAAAUCAAGGAAAUUUGUUGCGAAAUCGAGGCAAGCUGUGACCACCAUUGGUUCAAGAAAGGCUGUGAAGAAGGAAGAAUCUGUUUUGAACACAGUCCAGCGAAGAAGCUGUUUAGAGAUGACGAGAAAUCGGUUCCAAACAAGAAGGCGUCUAGGCUGGGGAGAGUGGUGGCGAGUAGAUAUAAUCAUGGCGCGUCUCAGGCUUCGGCAAUGAGGAAGAUAUCUCUGCCGGAGAGUGAUGGUGAUGCAGGGAAAAGGGUUGACAAGACGCUGUCUUUUUCUGUGGGGAAGACGAGGGCUAAUGAGGGCGAGGGCCGUGUGAAGAAGAGGUGGGAGAUUCCUAGUGAGAUUAUAGUUCAUAGAGGUGUGAGGGGAGGAGGAGAUGGAGAGGGAGAGAAGUCUCCUGGAUGUGUUGUGGCGCCUGGCCUAUUAACACAAAUUUCUGUGUUAAUAAAACAUUAA